GGAUUUUAAUGGUCGGACGAGGGGCCUUGUAUCCCCCCCCCCCCCCCCCCGCUCCUUUAGGACGGCCCAGAUGGACCACAGAACAGAACGGCCUGAUAACAGUACAGAACCAAAGGAUCGAUUCAGACUAAAAUACGGAUUUUACUGGUUUCUAAACACGUUUCCUUCUCAAGUCAGGAUGUCGAUGGGCAUGGAUCCACAGGGAGACCCACCGCCAGCCUAGCCUUUAGCGGCUUUUUGGGAACACUAUCCCGGACACAGUGCUAGCUCCGGACGCUCCACCCCCCCACCCACCCCCACACUGGAGAAUGGAUGGCCGAGAUUUCGGACCCCCUCGGUCUGUCCAUGUUCCCCCUCCCCUGUUGGCCAUGGAGACCCACCGACUCGGAGCUGCUGCAGCAGCCAGGAGGAUCCCUCCCUCGCCCGGACACUUGGGCACAGGGCACCCAGCAAACCUCCACGUCGGGAAAUUCCUUCCAACGGUCAUGAACCUCCAUCCACAUCACAGUGAUGCCUUCCCAGCAGCCUCCAGUCCCUUCCUGCCGGGCUAUUCCGGCCCCUCCCCCCUAACCUCUGACCCAGCCUACAGAUCACCCAAUCAGAUGGCUCAGCUCUGGGCCUCACACGCUGCCGCCCACGAAGGCUACGCCCCUCUCCCAGGCGGUCUGUACCCCAGCCCCUACCACCUCCCCCUGGGUAACCUGGAGCCUCCUCCCCCCUCGCUGGGCUUGGCUCAGCACCACCACCUCUACAACGCACCACACCAAGAGAGGUUCUUCCUGCCGGUGUCGUUACCCCAGCCGCCUCUCCAACCCUCCUCCGUCCCCCCCAGUUCCACCCCCCAGAGUAGCUCCCGGGAGGGGGGCAGGGACCGAGACAUACUCUACCGCGAGGAGAGGGAGAGAGAGGAGCCUCAGGAGGGGGGCAGAGACCGAGACAGACUCUACCGUGUGGCGAGGGACAGAGAGAAGUCUCAGGAGGGGGGCAGAGACCGAGACAGACUCUACCGUGUGGCGAGGGAGAGAGAGAAGUCUCAGGAGGGGGGCAGGGACAUACCUUACCGCGAGGAGAGGGAGAGAGAGGAGCCUCAGGAGGGGGGCAGAGACAGACUCUACAACAAGGAGAGAGAGGAGCCCCGGGAGGGGGGCAGAGACAGACUCUACCACGAGGAGAGAGAGGAGCCCCGGGAGGGGGGCAGAGACAGACUCUACUGUGAGGAGAGAGAGGAGCCUCAGGAGGGGGGCAGAGACAGACUCUACCACGAGGAGAGAGAGCGAGGUGAGAGGGAGCGGUCGAGAGAGGAGCCUCGUCCAUACAGUGUGGUAGAUCUGACACAGGAUGGGAGGAGUGGAGAGAGAGAACGCCACAGAGAACGAGAGACGGAGCGUGACAGAGACCGAGAGAGAGAAAGAGAGGUUCUCCUCCACCACCCCUCUGCUUCUCGACCCCCCCAGGGCUCCUCCUCUUCUGGGCGUUACCUAGAGACUGAUGACACACCCACUCGCUCCCCCAACCCUAACCCCAGCCCCCACACACACACAGACAGGCUGAGGAAGACUGAAUCUACCUACAGCGGUGGACUCCUCCCUGGCCCCGCCUACUCUGCACACCGGGAGCCUAUCAGGGAACAGCGUGUGAGCGCGCCCACUUACGUGCCUUCUGUGGAGGUCUAUGAUGAGCAGAUCGGCCCGAUCCAGAUCGCAUCGCAGGCCAGGGACAAACGGGACAAACUGAGAGAAAGAGAGAGAGAAAGAGAGAGGGAGAGGUUUCCUGAGAAGACUCUAUUGGACCGUCGCGCUUCUCUUCCUGGUGAUUUGUCCAAUCAGAGAGAGCGGGAGGAGGGCUCUGUGAUCUGCUCCAACGGUUCGGCUCUGAAACGAGACGGUUACGUCAGCCAAUCAGGGUUCAGCCCGGACCCCAGGGACACGCCAAAACAUGCCAUCCGAUUGGGCUUGGAGCGGGUAGGGGAAGGGCCUAAAUGGAACCCCAUCAGCCCAUUGGCCAACUACGCCACCAGUCAUAUGGCAGCUCUGGCCUCCCAGCACGGACACGCACAGCAGGCACGCACACACACUCAGCCCUCACACCAUAACCAGCAGGAACUCAACAGACCCCCUUCCAACCCCCACACACCCCAACACAGACACACACACACUCAACCCUCACACCAUAACCAACAGGAACUCAACAGACCCUUAUCCAACCCCCACACACCCCAACACAGACAUACACACACUCAACCCUCACACCAUAACCAACAGGAACUCAACAGACCCCCUUCCAACCCCCACACACCCCAACACAGACACACACAUUCCCCCCACCCUCCGCCCCAACCCCAGAGGGGAGAGGAGGGACAGGGGCGCUACUUGGACACCUCAGCCCUGUACCGCCCAGUGGGGGGAAGGAGAGGCAGCGGAGGAGCAGGGUCUGAGGGGGGAGCAGACGGAGGAGAGGUGUCGGCCAUGCAGAGUCUGAUCAAAUACAGCGGGGCCUUCCCACCUGAACGCCAGGGGUCCUCCAGGCAGAACACGGACAACCAAGCCGCGUUCGGAGGGCUGGCGUUCAUGAGGCUGGAGGGAGGAGGAGCGGGGGGGAGGCUGAUGAAGAGAGAGCAGGAGCGUCCCGACAGCUCUCGGUCGUUGGGACGUGGCGAAGGGGCGGGGCCAGGCGAGGGUGGGGGAGAGGUCCGUCACCCUCCUGUAGGGAUAGCUGUGGCAGUGGCCAGACAGAGCAAUACAGACUCCCAGAGACCUCUACUACUGCACGCAGGGGUUAAAGACGAGGAGCGGGGGGACGAGCGAGCCCGUCACCGUGGUGAUAGACUGGGGUGCCUGGAGCGUGAGCAGGAGAAGUUGCUCAGAGAGAGUAAGGAGCUGGCAGAGUUCACCCAGAUGCACCCUCCCUUGGUGUCCAGCGCCCUGACCUCUAACCUCAUGACCUCCAACCUCAUGGUGACUGGAGGCUCCGCCCGCUGGCCCCACGACCCCUCCCCCCUGACCUCUCACCCCUGGAUGCCCCGCCAAGGAGCCCCGCCCAUCUGGCUGUCGGAUCCCCCUACGCUCCCGCCCCCAGGUUUAGGCCCCUCUCCGCUGCACCAGGCCCUCCCUCCCUACCAGCUGGCCAGAGACCCCCAGUCAGGACAGCUGAUGGUUAUAGCUACAGAACACAUCCCACGCUACGGAGGAGAUGUGUUGGAUGGGGGUGGCGCACCCCAGUGGCCAGGGGUGUAUGGAGCAGGCAGUUCUCUGCAACAUGCCGCUCAGCUGCAGAUGUUGUCACAGCAACAGAUGCUGAGGCAACAUGAGCUGGUGAUGAUUCAACAACAUGCUGCUCAGGUCCUGGAGCUGCAGAGGAACGCUCAACUGAUGGAGCGUCUGAAGGCCAGUGAACAGAGGGCAGAGCUAGAAGAGAAGACCAAUAAGAGGAGUUCCGAGCCCAAACCCCGCCCCUCGCCACGCCCCCACCCCUCCCCCUCCCUCCACUGCCAUAAAACUCCCCUCCGUUCACCUCCCCCCUCCACCUCCUCCGUCACCCCCCUGUCCUCCCCCAGGCCCACUCUCCAACACCCGGAGGUCCAAAGAGAGAGGUCUCACCCUUCCUCUCCCCUUCCUCGCCCUCCCGCCCCACACUCUGCCUCCCCCCUGAGACCCUCCUCCUCCCUGAGACCCAAGCAGGACGCUGACGAGGGAGAGGAGGAGGGGGGAGAGAGGGGGGAGAAACAGACCACCUCCCCCUAUCACCGAAUCUACACAGAUAUCACCCCUGGUUACCGUUACCAGUCCAUCACCCCGCCGUUCAGCGCCCUAUUCCCCCCCCGCCCCCUCCCCCAUCCAGCAGGGGGUAACAAACACACCUCGGUCUCCUCCCUGCCACCACUCCUCCGGGCCACAGCUCCAGACGUGAAGCCUCGGGGCCUGGAACUCCGGCCAGACCAGGGGACCAUGCUGAAGCAUGACCCCGACCAGGAGCCACCCCAGCUGGGCAUGAGUCCUGCUGCCCUGGACCCUCAGCUCCGGACCUCCAGCCCUCCAACCCUCAGCCAAAUGGAGAGAGACGGAGAGUCAAGCCUCAAACACACACAUCUCACCCACACACACACACAAUUACACACACAACCCAGCCUUACACACCCACACAAACACACCAGCCUCCACUCAGCCCCCCAGCCCGGUCCUCCUCUACCAUCCACACACCCACACAAACACACCAGCCUCCACUCAGCCCCCCAGCCCUGUCCUCCUCUACCAUCCACACACCCACACAAACACACCAGCCUCCCCACAGCCCCCCAGCCCUGUCCUCCUCUACCAUCCACACAGCCACACAAACACACCAGCAUUAGCCUCCCCUCAGCCCCCCAGCCCUGUCCUCCUCUACCAUCCACACAGCCAUACAAACACACCAGCCUCCACUCAGCCCCCCAGCCCGGUCCUCCCCCCACACAGCCACAAGAACAACAGACCGAGGAGGGAGAGGAGGAGGCAGGAGAGGUCAAGAUGGAGGUGUUGACCCACGGCUGCCGAGGAGCCUAUCAGCUUCUACCGUCCGUCCCGAAGGUGGAGACUAAACCAGAGGUCACAGAGAAGUCGAGUCCCGUCCAUUACCCAUCAUGCACCACGGCAAGCUCCGAGCGACCGGCCUUUAGACCCAGCCCCGACACACACGCAUCCUCUCCUCCCCCCCUCUCUCCCUGCCCUCCCUCUCCCUCCCCUCUAAACAUUGUCCCUGAUGACCCCAUGGCUGGUAUGAUGACGCUGUUGGCUGCCAGUCAGAUGCCCCAGGCUGCCCCCCCUGCCCUACCCACCCUGCCCCAGACAGAGGCCUCCUCGCUGGGGAGAGACGUGGCCAGUCCUGGGUGUCUGGAGGUCUGGGCUCUGGAGGGGAUGACUCUACUCAGCGACAUGGCCUCACUAGAGAUGGAUAGGAUACAGCUGGAGCAGGGUGAGGUGUUGUGUGGUCUUGACAGCCUGUUAGAGGCAGGUAGAAAGGUGUUGCUGGAGGCCAUUGAGAGCCAGUCUCACAUCGACCUCCCCAGACAACUACACCCCAGCAAGACCUACAGCUGGAGGAUGAGGACAGACCCACAGGAGCAGCUCUUCAGUAAGCUGUGUGUGGAGGUGUGUGAUGGAGGGGAGUCUCAGCAUCGGAUGAGAUUAGCGGAGCUACAGAGACAAUACAAGGACAAACAGAGACAACUGGACCGGCUGCAGAGACGCUCUGACACCCAAGAGGUUCAGCAGCAGGAGGAGGAGAGGCGGAGUCUAACCCGACGUGGGCGGGGUCGACCUAGGAAGAGGAAACGUGUAGCGACGCCCCCUGGCAAGAUGGAGUCCCGGACAGGGAAGCCGGGCAGGACAGUGCGGUACUCUGAGGUGGGGGAUGGAGGGAGGAAGAGGUUCCACUGUUCCAGAGGAGAGGAUGAUGAGAUGGAGGGAGGAAGAGGAGGAGAGAAGAGGAGUUGGCAGGAUCAGGAGCCAUCCACUAGUCACUCUCUGGAGGUCUUUAAGGCUCGUCGUGUCGGUCUGUGUGACCAGGAGCAGCUAGCCUGUGACCUGGACAGAGCUCUCUCCCUGUCCGUACUCAGUACCAGCCGCCGGACGCCCUCUGACCCCGGCGGGAGGGAUGGAGGGGUGACCCCCUCGUCUGGAGAGAAACAGAAGGUUAGAGGUCAGAGGAAGACGGUUUCUCCUCCUCUUCCUCACUCCUCUCAACGCUCCAGCUACGACUACAACUCUGACUCUGAAGAGGAUGUCCCCCGGGGGGGCUGUCACCCCUUCUCAGGGUUGCGACCCCACACAACCCCGCCCAGGAAGAGACCGUCCCCCUCCUCGUCCAAUCAGGCGGCUCGGGAGAGGAAACAGAAGCACUUAUCCCUCCUGCUGCAGGAGGCGGGGCUUAGCUCCUCCGACGACUCCUUCGAUCAAGAGUCCUCCACUGAGGAGGACGAUGAUGAGGAAGAGUCGUCAUGCUCCGAGGGGAGUGAGCUGGAGGAGAGUGGGUUGGGCCUGCUGGCCAGGUUCGCAGCCAGCGCCCUCCCGGUCAACCCCGUCCCCCUGCCCCGUCUCCACGACAACAAACACCGUAGCAGGCAAAGCAUUCUGGGUUCUGGUUCUGACCUGUGUCUGAGGAAGUUCCCAUCUCUGCUCCACGGGAAACGCUCCGCUCCCGAACUCCCCAUGUUACCCCCGGCAACGCGCCACGGCGACCACACUAGCAACGAGACCUCGCCGGUCAAACGCAAACCUCGCCCUUCUCCUCGGUCGCCCCGGAGAUUCACCUUUGACCCCGCCGGGGGACUAGGGGGAGGGGCUAGCGAGGAGGAGGGAUGGACACGCAGACGCAGCGAGAGGAUUUUCCUUCAUGAUGCCUCCACCAAUCAGAUCUCUCCCUCCAGCAAAGACCCUCCAAUCAGCACUAAACCCGCCCCCAGACCUAAAACCACACCCAGGGACGGGAAAGACUGGAAGAAGAAGAGGCUGAAGGACUCUCCCCUGACCCCGCCCUCUCUGUCUAGUCCAAUCACAGAGAGCCCGGUAGCCCUUCCCCUCAGCCCUGCACGCAAGAGCCAAUCAAAAGCCAAGGCUAAACCCCGAGAGGCUCGUGGAGCGGUCAGUAGGCUGAUGAAGAGUAUGGAGGCUGAUGAAGACUUCGAACCCAGUCAGGACAGCAGCUUCUCUGAAGACGAUGGACCUCCUCCGUCACACAGCAGUCUGGCUGAGAGGACCCUGUCGUCUGCUCCGGUCCAGUGUGUGUUAGAUAAAGACUCUCUUCAGGAUGGUCUGAGGGUUCUGAUCCCCAUGGAUGAUCAGCUGCUUUAUGCUGGACACGUCAACACGGUACACUCCCCGGACAUUUACAGUGUGGUGGUGGAGGGGGAGAGAGGGAACAGACCUCAUAUCUACUGUCUAGAACAACUCCUGCAGGAGGCUAUUGUGGAUGUGAUGCCUCCGUCAGUCUGGUAUCUUCCUGAAGGCUGUCGUGUUGCUGCAUACUGGAGCCAGCAGUACCACUGUCUCUACCCCGGCACCGUAGUCAACGGAAGUUCAGAUGGUGAUGACAGUGAUGACCUCAUCACGGUGGAGUUUGAUGACGGUGACACGGGUCGCAUCCCCCUCUCCCACAUCAGACUGCUGCCCCCUGACUACAAGAUACAGUGUGCUGAGCCCUCCCCUGCGCUGCUAGUGGCCAGCUGCUCCAGGAGGCGUGUCAGGAAGUGCAGCAAGGACACCAGUGAGACGAGGCCUAAAACAGGGGACUCCGCCCCCAAGGGCAGAGGGAGACCGGCCAAGAAACCCAAACCCAAACCUGAGCCCCCAGUGAGCCCAGACCCCCGGGAGACGAUGCCCCCCCCGGGACCCAGCCAGGCUCCAGACAGACCUCAGCUCCCCACCAGACCAGCCCAGGACAGGCCCUCCUCCUCCCAGAGGCCUGCUCAGGAAAGACCCCUGUCUGCCCCCAGGCAGGGACCAGGCCGACCCCCCAAGCUCACCAGUACCCCCAGCCUGCCUUCCCCCCCACGCAGCCAGAACCCUAGGAGACCCAGCCCAGCCUCUCCCAAGCCCCCCUCCCUCUACCACCCAGCCCCUUACGGGAAGAUACUAAGGGUGGACCUGUACAGCCAACCCAACCUCACCUCUUGUAACGUCAGCACCCAACCUAACCCUAAAACCAACCCUAAGUCUAAACUCUCCCCUCCACUACUUAAACCCAACUCUACUUCCCCUAUCAUCAGACCCAAGCCUCUUCUACCUAACCCUAAAACUAACCUUACCUCCGUACCAAAAUCCAAACCUAGACCUAACUCUACAGCAGAACUCCCUGGGCCUGCAGCUAACUUUAAUCCUGAUCACAAAAAACCCAGAACCGCUCCCAAAGCAAUCUCCAGACCCAAACAGAACCAUAACAAACCCAGGCUCACCCUGGAUCCUUCUACCAGGCCCAGAACCAGCCCUGGGUCCAGCUCCAGUACCUCCAAACCUAGAACCAGCCCUGGGCCAGCUCCAGCACCUCUAAACCCAGAACCAGCCCUGGGUCCAGCUCUAGUACCUCCAAACCUAGAACCAGCCCUGGGCCCAGCUCUAGUACCUCUAAACCCAGCUCCAGUACCUCUAAACCCAGCCCCGUGCCCAGCUCCAGUACCUCUAAACCCAGAACCAGCCCUGGGCCCAGCUCCAGUACCUCUAAACCCAGACUCAGCUCAGACCUCUCUGCUGUCAGAUCCAGACCGGACCCUAGCACCUUUAUUCCUGGUAUCUCCAGACCCAGGCAUGUCCCGGGGGAGGGCGGUGGGAGGGCAGGGCGGGGUGCGACAUGGGCGUAAGGCCCUCUUAGAGGAACCCCUAGUAAAGCUGGACCACGAGGGCGUGACCUCACCCAAGACCAAGAAGACCAAGGCUCUGAUGCUGCUGGAGGCCAGAGGCUUACGGCAAGAACCCACACCCCUCUCCACGGCCGCAGCCGGCCAGAAGCCGGCGAGGGUAAAGGGGAGGGCUCCGGAGAGCGAGGCAGGGCUGCUGGAGGCCAGAGGCUUACGGCAAAGAACCCACACCCCUCUCCACGGCCGCAGCCAGCCAGAAGCCGGCGAGGGUAAAGGGGAGGGCUCCGGAGAGCGAGGCAGGGCUGCUGGAGGCCAAGGGCUUACGGCAAGAACACACACCCCUCUCCAUGGCCGCAGCCAGCCAGAAGCCGGCGAGGGUCAAGGGGAGGGUUCUGGAGAGCGAGGCGGGGCUGCUGGGGAGAGAACCCGCCUACAGAACGCCUUCUCUGGGCAGAGAAAGAGACCGGGGUGGAGGGGGGGACAGAGAACCAAAGAGAGAGGAGAGAACGAAACAAGGGAAGAGAAGAGAGGGGAGGAGACAGGGGGGUCUCACGGCAGCAGUAGUUCAGGAUCUGAGGAAGAGGAGGUGACGAGGAAGAAAACAAAGUGUAGCUCCAGCUGCUCCCACCCCUCCUCCCCAGCCUCCUCCUCCUCAUCCUCCUCUAGCAUCUCUUCCUCUUCCUCCUCCACUGACGAGGAGUCCUCUUGUAGUUCUGACGAGGAGACCGCCCCCGCUCCCCCUGCACCUCUCCCCGUCUCCCCCCCUCCAACUACCCCACAGGAGGAGGUAGAGGUGGAGGAAGAGAAGGAGGAAGAGGAAGAAGUUAAGAACCAGCCAGGCCCCGGGGUCGUCCAGCCCGGCAGAAGUCCCAGGGAGGUGUGGUGGGGUCGGUGGGCAGGCCACGGCGCAGGGAGGGGGGCCCACCUCCCCACCACCAAGGAGCUGGCUAAAAGACAGCGAUUACCGAGCGUAGAGAACAGACCCAAGAUCUCUGCCUUCCUGCCUGCCAGACAGCUCUGGAAGUGGUUCGGUAAUCCCACACAGAGGCGUGGUAAAGGGAAGGCUAAGAAGCUGUUCUACAAGGCCAUCGUGCGGGGAGAGAGAUGGAUUGGCAUCGGGGACUGCGCCGUGUUCCUUUCAGCCGGCCGACCCAACCUGCCCUUCAUAGGAAUUCAGAGCAUGUGGGAGAGCUGGGGAUCCAACAUGGUGGUCAGAGUCAACUGGUUUUAUCACCCGGAGGAGACCAACCCUGGCAAGAAACUACACGACAAGAAGAACUGGGAUCAGAUGUCUGGUCAGUCUCUUCCUCAUCUCUGCUCUCCUCUAACCAGAGGAAAGGACUUCAUGGAGCGGGCUCUGUACCAGUCGUCCCACAGCGAUGAGAACGAUGUCCAGACGGUCAGUCACAAGUGUCUGGUGGUCAGCGUGUCGGAGUACGAAACCAUGACUCUGACGCGUCGCUAUGCCGACAGCCAAGACCUGUACUACCUGGCCGGGACAUACGAACCCACCACGGGUAUGAUCUACAACACGGACGGAGUCCCCAUCAUCUGAUGAACGACACGCUAACGACACCAGACCCUGACCUUGACCCGACCAACGCCAAGGUCGAUCCGGUCAACUCAUAACGUUUGAUCCAACGAACGAAGACCACCUGAGAGAGACUACAGACCGUAUUCAGAAACUCUUGAAACACAAGGGUCUUCUCUAUAAACACACACUCAGACUUCUACCUGUAAAUACAUACAAUACUCAUAGAUAUAUAUAAAAGACAGGAAGUGAUUUUAUUUACCAGGGAAGACAUCCUCCUGGCUGGAUCGUAGCUGUGAGUCACAGUAGUUUUGAUGAGAGGAGGUUUGUCUAUCUGACAGACGUAUUACACUAACGAGAGAGAGAGAGAGACCUGCUGACAAUCCCAACAAUGGGGGUGGGGAUACAGUCCUGUGUUCUGAUUGGUGCCUGUCCUAUCUGGACCCGCCUACUCCCCCAUGACCUUAUCACCCUGCUGGUGUUAACAGGGUUCUGAUGACCUGGUGUUUAGAGAUAUUAUCAGUGUUUCUCUGGAGUGAACACACUCUUAUUGCCCCCCCCCCCCCCGUCCCCAUCUAUCUG